UGGGAUGAUCCAAGAAAUUCCCCGCCAUGUUAACACGGACCCGGUGCUUCAUGCCAUUGAUUUGAGGGGGAAGAUGGGUGUUGAUUGGAUGCGGAGACAUGCUAUGCAUCUCACGGAGUGGGGUCAUCGCCUUCAACAUCGUUGUGAAGCAGUGCUUGGUGAUAUGCCUCUACAGCACCAGUACUUCGAUUGGUUCACAAGGAUAACUCGAAGGUUUAUCGAUAUCCCCGGUGCUAGAUUCAUUGUAAUGAUUGAAGGAUAUGUCCGUAUGAUGCGUCGUCACCCAGUGGGUACGGAGGCCCACAAUGACAUUAUUAAUGUGCUGGAGGCAGUGCAUGAGAUUGGCCGUGUACGACCUCGGGAACCUGAGGGCCCGAACGAACCGGCAGCUACUCCUGCGGCAGCGCCUACUCAGAGGCCAAGCACUACUGAGAGCCCAAGCACGAGCACAGCUCCUACCGGACGUUGCUCUCGUCCGCCUGUUGCUACCCCUCAGGUUCUCCCUACCCUCGAUCCCUCUCCAUCCACCGCACAUCCAUCCCUUAGCCCCACCAUCCCUUCACCCACCCCACAUCCAUCCGUUAGCCCCACCAUCCCUUCACCCACCUCACAUCCAUCCCCUACCCCCACCAUCCCUUUAGCCACUCCACAUGAGUCCCCUAGUCCCACCAUCCCUCCACCCACCCCACAUGAGUCCCCUAGUCCCACCAUCCCUCCACCCACCCCACGGUCAUUUCCUGAGCUAUCACCUAUUCCAUCAUUUGACCUGGGUCUUGAUCAAACCCCUCCUGACUUGCAACCCCUCCCACCUUCCCACAGUACGUCCACUGGCCCUUCUUCAGCCGUUGACCCACCCCAUGUUCAGUCUGAGCAGCCUGUUGGGUUAGCUGCAGCGGCAGAAGGUCGGCCAAAACGCAUAUCUAAGGCACCUCUAUGUGGGACAGGGGGGCACAAACAUGGACACAAUGCUGGGCCGGAGGCAUCUGACGAAGGACAUGCAAGACCUCCUCCUUAUUAUACGAGAAAGCGUAAGGUUCAAAAAAGGUGAAAGGUACAGCUGGGACAUUAGCUGGAGGUAGAUAUUCAUGUACAGUGCUACACUGCUGCUUCCUUCUGCUGUAGUUGGUUACCAACAAUUCAACAGUGUUGUAGUGCAGCAGCGAAAGUGAGUUGUAG